CCCCCUAACUUUUAGGCGAAUUUUUGGGCCACAACCUUUUAUGAUUCUCUUCCGCGUUAAGAAAAUAUUUUCAAAAUCGCCCCCUUUUGAGCCCUAAUUUUUUUCGAAUUAGGGGUUCAUCAUCGAUCAUUUUCGGAAUUUUCGUGUUUAUCUUCCUUUGUCUCGUCGAGAUUCUUUGUUUCCUCAAAUAUAGCUCGCUAUUUAUUGUCAAAUAAUUGGAUCAAACGUCCCAAUUUCUGCGUUUCUCUUUUUGGGAUGUUGACCUAAUCCUAUUUUCUACUUCUGCUAUCAAUGGGAUUUUCACUGGCUUUGCCGUUGCCUUUUGUGAUUGUACCGUGAAAUGUGAGGUGAAAUCUCUCUUGUUAUGGGAUGAUGUAUUUGUAGAUAGUUGUAUGUAUAUGUAGGGUUAUAUAUAUCUGGAAGAUGACAAGUAGGAAGAAGAAAUCAAGAGUCGCUAGGAAGGGAAAUGCUGAAACUCUUGCUAAAAGGGCUGGCGAAAAUGGACAGAAAGCUAUGAGAAAUGCGGCGGAAGCGUUUGCUUCGAUGUCGCUGGGGGAAGCUCCGACUAGGUCUUCAGAGAUCCCUGAAAAAAGUGCAGUGAUGGAGGAUCAGAGCACGACGUGUUCGAGCUCUAAUGGGAGUUAUGAAAUGGGUUCGAGCUCGAGCUCAAGCUCGAAUGCUUCGGAUAUAUUCGGUUUGGGGAAUGGUUUCCUUCAAGAUGAGUUUAAGCAGAAAAGUAGGGCCAAGAUGAAGAGAGUUGUUGCUACUGCCGGAACUGUGUCGACUAUGCUGGGGAAGGACUAUGUGAGGUCCCUGCCGAAGAAGGGCGCUUCGAAAACCAACGGUUUUUUCGAGCAGAAUUGGAGCAAGGAGGAGGCUGAACAGUUCCUGUGCUCGAUGCUUGGAGAUGACUGUGAAUUAAGCCUGGCUGUAGUUAGUGAUGUAUUGUGUCAGUGCGGAUAUAACCUAGAUAAGGCUUUGGACACGUUGCUUGAAUUAUCAGCUUCCUCAAAUGAGCAACCCAGUGGCUAUUAUGAGUCUACUAGCAGUGAAGAUACGCAGUAUCUUCUUGAAUCAAGUGAAAAUGUAGUUGAUGGAACAUCUGACUCAACUUAUCGUUCAUCAUUUGUUGAACCUGACAAUGUGUGGUUUUCAGGAGAUCUAUUCUGGGAUAAUUCAAAAAUUUCUCAAUCCAGUGGGUCCUGCCACUCAUCAGAGAAAGUAGUUUCGGAGUCGGAACUUCCUCAGAAGGUGUUGCAAUCCUUGUUUAAUAUGCCCACUCCUAAGGCAGCCGAACAAGAACCUAACAAAAUGAACUGGAGAAACAUAGUUAAGAAAAUGGUUUCCCUUGGUCAAGGAUUUACAGAUGAUGAAAUUGAACAGAAACAGCAGCAUAUCCAUGCUAAAGGAGACGAUUAUCAUGUGCUCAGGGAAGCUGCACACGAGCACUGGGAUUCAAUGAAAUCGUACUAUCAAAAGGCUGUUACAGCAUUUUCAAGUGGGGAGAGAGCAUAUGCAUCUUAUCUUUCUGAGCAGGGGAAGUUGCAAAAUAAGAAGGCUCGAGAGGCAGAUGUGAAGGCUAGCCAGGAUAUAUUUGCUGCAAGGAACAGGAGCAUAGAAAACAUGAUAACAAUUGAUCUGCACGGACAACAUAUUAAGCAAGCAAUGAAGGUUUUGAAGCUCCACCUUCUGUUUGGAGCAUAUGUACGAUCUGUGAAGUUAUUCAGGGUUAUCACUGGAUGUGGGAGCCAUGGUGUUGGCAAGUCGAAGCUGAAAACCUCGGUAAGCUUGACAUGUUCACUGGUUAUUGAACGGUUAUGCCGUAAGCGACCAACGAACAUUUACAGUCAUCGGUCUUCUGCAGAAAGAAGGUAUUAGAUGGUCUGAGGAGAACCGUGGAACGCUACUCGUUAGGCUUGAGGGGCAGACGGAUUUCAGCUUCCUCGAUUCUGGUUCGGGCAGCGACUGUGAUUAAACUAGGCAUGUUUUUAGCACCAUUUCUAUAUUUAACAUUCCUUCCUAGUAUUUAUCUCUAGGAAAAGAAGUCCUUGAAGAUUUAGUUGUACAAUGUUAGAGAAGCAGAACUAACUCUGGUUCCAGAUUAGGUUUCUAGUUUGGUUUUAUAUGGGCUGCAGAUAAACUAAUUGUAGCUGGCCAUGCUACCAUUGUGCCAUUAUUUGUAUUUUGUACAAAUUUGUGAUUUGAGGAAAUAUUAUUAUGUAAA